AUGAGCAAUAAAAUAUUGAAAGUGCAGCAUCAUGUGAACACAAAUACAAGUAUUCUACAAGCAUUAGCCAUUAAUUCAUUACCAACAAUCGAUCAAUUAAAUCCUGAUAAUAAUGAAGAAGAUUUCACAUUAAUCCAUUUCGAUAAAAAACUUGAUUUAGUAGAUAAAAAUGAUCUUAAUUUAACAAAAACAGUAUUACAAGAAGUGAAUAAUUAUGUUCUAUUUUAUAAAGAUCAAUAA